AUGUCGACGGUGAGACUUGUGUCGCUUUUGUUGGUGUUGUCGACAGCCAACAGCUUUCUAGCACGACUUUCCAGUACAAGGAAUCGUAACGAGGUUGCUGUGGCUUGUCGGAGCGAACCGGAAACUAGCAAUUACUGGGGAGAUGACACUGAUGACCAGGAUACCCUCCAGCCCAGCUUGACGCCUCUGUCGUCGUUCGCGGCGUCUCCCGCCUUGUUUGAGCUAGAUCCGGCUUCAGACCAAGCUAGAGAUAUCGUCAUGAACGAUUUGAAACUCUCUGGUGCCCAACACGAACAACUGGUGUCGUUGUGUCAAGCCGUUGUGGACUGGAACGACCGAAUAAAUUUGGUUUCGCGGAAGGAUUGCACGGUGGCAACCGUAUUUGGCCGGCACGUACUACCUUCCAUUGCCUGCUGUGCCUUUUCAGAAGAUCAAAAUCCCUUAAACACUGCUAAAACACUGGUCGACGUUGGCACGGGCGGUGGCUUUCCCGGAUUGCCGUUGGCGAUUGCCUAUCCCGACGUUCAGUUUGUCCUCCUUGACAGUGUAGGCAAGAAACUGACUGCGGCCCAAGACAUGGCAAACGCUCUGGGACUCGACCACGUUCGUACACAUCACGGGCGUGCCGAAGAUUUACGGGACGAGGUCUUCGAUGUCGCCACGGGUCGUAGUGUGUCGGCCAUCCCACAAUUUUGUGCGUGGAUGCAGCAUUUGGUCAAACCCACGGGGCAUCUUCUCUACUGGAUUGGCGGCGACGUCGACGCGAGUAUUCUGGAACAAACUGUUUCGGAUACCCCCAUCGAGUCGCUAGUACCCGACAUGGAAUCGGAUAAGAGAAUAUUAAUACUCCCCCAGCUUGCUGUGAAGAGGAUCGCCAAGGCUAGUGGAAUUUCUGUGCAACCGUCACCAACCAAUCGAUCACAAAGAAAGCGCCCAUCGUCCCAGAGAAAGACGACAGCCAAAGGAUCUUGGAGCCGCCGAAACUCGGAAGAGCCCAAGCAGCGCGGCUACGAAGGCUUCAAGCGGUAUUCUAGCUCGUAACCUACUUUUACGAUACCAGGACAACAAAACCC